AUGCAGAAAGUCAGUGAAGGCCAGACCAGGGAGGAUGGCCAUCUGCCACAGCCGAAAACGCAUCCUUCUCGCACGCGGAAGCUCUUUGGCUUUUCGACUCUCGAGUGGGAUGUACUGAAUAAAGCCCGUAUCCUCGAAGCUCGACAGAAAGGCGCGGCUGUAUCUGACACAAGCGCCACUCGUGGCCGUGACUAUACUCAGACGGCUUCCGCGAAGUGCGCACCAGCUGCAACUUUGUUGUGCGGUGCCGAUGUGGCACCAUUUGAAGUAUGGGAAGAAGAGAAAGUUCGAGGCGCCUGUCUAGAUAUGCUAUCGCGGGUGGCCCCAGGACAAGAGCGGCGGCGGCCUCCGAACGGUCUUCUCUUCGAUAUUUCCUUGAACGUACUUCCGUGCCUUGCGGAGUUCUUCGAGAACGACGGACUUGGCAUCGGCAAGGUGCCUUUGCGGCUGUCCGCCGAUGUUGCGGGGCUCAAGGAAGAGAUCGCCAGGAGGGCAGCGGCAACACAACCACACAGAGAAGCUGAGGCGCACCUCCUCACAGCGGUAUCUUCUGGGCCGCCGUCCAACCCUAGCGCGAGCAGCAAUCGGCCUAGAACGGGAAAGACAAGUGGCGAAGCGCCGCACCCUGCCGCUGGCAACAGGGGCGGCGUUUCUCCAGGAGCAAGCGACAGCACCGGACCGCCGGCACAAGACUCUGCGUGUGCUUCCAUUGCGUUAGCUGUGAGCAACGAAAAAGCCGCGGCGGAGCUUUGCCUCCAGAACGCAGGCGCCGCUGCGACACCUUCGGUAGCGGCACUUCUGUCCUCCGAAAGGGAAUUGAGUGUGACCCAGGUGAUCGAGUGGCUUCUGCAUCGACCGUGGGUGAGGCGUGAGGAUACCCACGUGAAACACGAUGUCGACAAGCUGUACGCCGAUGCGCAAGCCCAGCUCGCGCAUGGAAAGGAUGCCGAGGCCGCCACGACCGCAGCCGCGGUAAGUAGGGCAAUGGCUGUCAUUUCUUUGACUAUUUCUUUGUUGGGACCUGGGGCGAGCCCGCAUGUCAGACUAUGA